AGUAGAGUCGACGCCAUUUACCUAGCCUUUUUCUCAACUAUACCGGCUCACAGUUACGGUGAAAUUUACUUUGUUAAAAUCAGCCAAGAUUACGUUCUCCCUUCCCCCGCUGUGUUUAUCGUGUCUUCAUAUUAAACUUGUAUCUGCAUAAUCACCAUGGGAGAAGACAAGGAUGACCGCAAAGUUGACAGGGAGAGAGACCGUGACCGUUCCAGAGACAAAGAAAGAGACAAGGAAAGGGACAAAGAUAGGGAAAGAGAUAGGGACAAGGACAGAAGACGCUCCAGGUCUCGCGAUAGAAAGAAGAGAUCCAAAUCUAAAGAGAAGGAGAAAAAGCGCAGUAAAUCCCGUGAACGAGACCGUGAACGUAAAAGGAGUCGUUCGCCUGUAAAAAAGCAGCGCCGAAGAAAGCCUUCUAUUUACUGGGAUAUUCCCCCUAUUGGCUUUGAGCACAUCACACCCAUGCAAUACAAAGCAAUGCAAGCUGCCGGACAAAUUCCAGCGAAUAUAAUGACAGAAGUAGCCCCACAAGUCCAGGUCCCAGUAGUGGGUAAUACCAUCACUCGACAAGCCAGAAGAUUGUAUGUUGGAAAUAUUCCGUUUGGAGUAUCUGAUGUCCGCGCUGCCGAGGAGGAAAUGAUGGAUUUUUUCAAUCAGCAAAUGCACUUGUCUGGUUUGUCACAAGCCCCUGGUCAACCAAUUCUAGCUUGCCAGAUCAACUUGGACAAGAACUUUGCUUUCUUGGAGUUCCGAUCAAUAGACGAAACUUCUCAAGCCAUGGCCUUUGACGGUAUCAAUUUCAAAGGCCAGACUUUGAAGAUUCGCAGACCCCAUGAUUACCACCCGACCCCUGGAGGUGGUAGUGGUGGAGGUGGAGGAGGAGGUCCCGAAACGACUCCUGGUAGCAUGACCGGCGGUAUAACCGAAAAAAGAGCAGGAGGAGGAGGUGGUGGAGGUCCAAUGAGUACUAUCGUUCCGGAUACUCCGCAUAAGCUUUUCAUCGGUGGACUGCCUAAUUAUCUAAACGAAGAACAAGUAAAGGAACUGCUGAUGUCUUUUGGACAACUCCGAGCAUUUAACUUGGUUAAAGAUACGGCGACGGGGUUAUCCAAGGGAUACGCCUUCUGCGAGUAUGCUGACGUCACCGUCACCGAUCAAGCUAUUUCCGGGUUAAACGGCAUGCAGCUAGGAGACAAAAAGAUCAUCAUUCAGCGAGCCAGUGUUGGAGCCAAGAACGCCGCCGCCUACGCCCAGAUGCCAGUCCAAAUCCAAGUGCCGGGAUUCAAUCUUGCAGCCGGUCCUGGUCAACCGACAGAGGUCCUCUGUCUGUUGAACAUGGUGACUCCCGAGGAAUUGAAGGACGAUGAAGAAUACGAGGAAAUUGUGGAUGAUAUUCGCGAAGAAUGCAACCGUCACGGCGCUGUUCGCUCGAUUGAGAUCCCUAGGCCGUUAGAGGGCGUCGACGAUGUACCAGGUGUAGGCAAGGUCUUUGUCGAGUUCGUCUCGGUCAGCGAUUGCGUCAAAGCCCAGCAGGCCCUGACGGGGCGUAAGUUCGCCAAUCGUAUCGUCGUCACGUCAUUUUACGAACCGGAACGCUAUCACCGGCGGGACUUCUGAGCCAUGACGGCCUUCCUCAUGAAGAAAGGAAAGGAUUUGCUAAGUGCGCUCUUUUCUUCACCCUUUUUUUUUUAUUUUUGAUCAAGCAAAAUACGUCAUGACUAGCUACCGUUUGAUACGAUCUAACGUCAAUGCGGCAUGCGGGAUUUUCUUUGAAUUUAACUUGUUUUCUUUUUUUUUCAUUUUCCUAAUGGAUUUCUUCAUACUUAGUGUCAAAUCGAUUUCCCCACCUAUCUGUUUGGCAUAUCGGCGAAAAAUAACAACUGUGUAGAAUUGUUCAACCACAUUUCCCGAUACACACAUGUGCGGUAGCAUUAAAUUGCCACACAUCAUUCCAUUAUUAAAGGCCCAUCAUUGGUACCAUGUCCAACAAUUUCAUAUCAAAUCUGUAUUUCCUCAUUCUUUAUUUUACCAAAUUGGUCAAUACCUUGAAUCGUCCGUUCUUGAGUAGUUCGUCAUUAAAGAUCUUCGAACUACGAUAACACCUGAAGUUCUUAGGAAAAAAUCGGUAUUUUAAAAACUCAAUAUAUGACUUAAACUGAA